AACAUUAUAAAGAGUCCCCUCCCUGCAGCCUCCCCUUUCAGUGUCGGCCAGCGCCAGUGGAGGCUGCUCCACUUCUUUGACUGUAGACUGAACACUGAGGCCAGGGGGUUUGACGUCGGCCUGGUGCACGUCAGUUCUCGUCCCUGCUGGUCGGGGUACGAGUAGGGAGCUGGUCUCACCUAACAGAUGUGUCUGGGACACUCCAGUCUAUUUAUUUGUUCAUUUACACACAGACAAGCAUGAUGGAGGUCUUGGGGGGUUACAGGGGCGACAGAGACAUGGAGCUGAGGCCGGAGGGGUACGUGAAGGAGUUCACACGCCACUCCCACGACGUGCUGCUGAACCUGAACGAAUUGAGGCACCGCAACGUCCUCACCGACUUCACCCUGGUGGUUGGGAACGUGCAGCUGCAGGCGCACUGUGCUGUGCUCGUGGCCUGCAGUGGCUUCUUCUACUCGCUGUACUCCCGCCGUGUGCUGCUCCAGGGGCGUGGUGUUGGUGGAAGUGGGGAGCAGCUCAUGACCGUGACCCUCCCCAACUCCCUGGAUCCGUCCAGCGUUUCCCUGCUGCUCGACUUCAUGUACACCUCCCGCCUCCCUCUGACCCCGGGCGUGGUCCCCGGGGUGCUCGCCGUGGCCACCUACCUGCAGAUGGACCACGUGGCCGAGACCUGCCGGGAUUUCAUGCACAUGCACUGCACGGAGAAUAAAAGUGCAAGACACCUCCGAUUGGAGCUGGACUCCAGAGUGUCUGUCGCCUCUGUGGCCCCUAAAGGAGGAGAUCUGCCUCAUCCAGGACCGAUGGCAGCAGCAGCAAGGUUCCCACUGGAGGGUGGGGGCUCGCUCAGGCAAGGGGCUUUCCCGUUUGGCCAGCCGGGGUCAAAGGAGCAGAGAGGAGGGCCGGGGUCGCCCCUCGUGGGCACCCGGACCCCGUCGCCGGACAGCCCUGCCCGCUCCAGCUGCCAACCCAGCUCUCCAGCCGAGUCCAACACGUGUAACAAGAACCUUGUGAAUGAUACCAAAGCCUCACCAGACCCAAAGGCCUGCAACUGGAAGAAAUACAAGUACAUCGUCCUCAACCCUCUCUGUGCUACUACCACAGUGAAGGAGGAGGAGAUGGACGAACCCCAAAAUCAAACAUCGCCCGUCAAGGACCCCAAAGCCCCUGCAGAGGCGUGGUCUGGAGAAGUGCCCGGUCAGAUUGAUAGACAGGGGCAGGCCUCCUGCUACGAGGGUUCUGGCCGAGCCCCUCCCCUCGGGCCACCCCCCUCUGUGGAUCCCCUGAAAGUGCCCCCAACUCACAAGCAGGGAACAGUUUCACCCUGCACCACUGACCAACCUGCAAUCAAACGUGAGAACUUCUACGCGCCCUACUCUUACUCUGGUAACCUGCAAGGAGCCAAGUCUACCAGCUCAGGUGAGAAGCCGUACCGCUGCAACGUGUGCAGCGCCCAGUUCAACCGACCAGCCAACCUGAAGACUCACGCCCGCAUUCACUCAGGAGAGAAGCCGUACCGCUGUGACACCUGCGGCGCACGGUUUGUUCAGGUCGCCCACCUCAGGGCCCACGUCCUGAUCCACACGGGCGAGAAGCCGUACCCCUGCCAUACCUGCGGCACCCGCUUCCGCCACCUGCAGACCCUGAAGAGCCACCUGCGCAUUCACACGGGAGAGAAGCCUUACACUUGUGAGAAGUGUGACCUGCACUUCCGCCACAAGAGCCAGCUGCGACUCCACCUGCGGCAGAAGCACGGCGCGGUGACCAACACCAAGAUCCGCUACAAGGUGCUGACCGAGCCCUACCAGCCUCUGCUGCAGGCCUGCUGAGGAGGACGACCUUUGACCCCGAGCAGAAUCACAUCGGAAUAGUCUAAUUAUUUCUUAUUCUUUUAAAAUAUGAGGUGCUAAUUUAUAAAUGUCAGUUUGGGCCUUUGGGUUAAAAUGGAGUAGGUUUGUGGAAAGAGAUCAACAUGUUGCUGGAUGAGGUUUGGAGCUAAUAUAUGAAUCUUAUUAGUUGGGAGUCCCGGGCAGGGCCGGGUCUAGACAGGCAUGUAUGAGGGGGCAGCCACAAAUCUUGAGGGGGCAUUGUGCUUUAUUAUAUUAUUAUUAUUAUAAAUUGGGAUUUAGUUUGAGGGGGCACAACAUUUAUUUGAGGGGGCCAGGCCCCCUCUUGCCCCUGCCUAGACCCGGCCCUGGUCCCGGGUGGCUUUUAUUUUGAAAGAUGAAGAUGGGGUUCAGAAGUGUUUUUGAAGGUUUGUGAAGGGAGAGAAUGAAAGGGAAAGAGAUAAGGGAAGGAAGGGAGGAUGUGUAUACACUGAGAUAUGAAGAUCUGUGAGCAAGAGUAUGUGCAAGAGUCGGAAAGAAAGACAAAGCAAGUUUUCGGAAGGAGAUCGUGGAACAGUUGGGAGUUUUUGGAGUAAAUGAAAGUGAAACUUUGUUCUGACGCAUGGAGAAGCACUUAGUCAGCGUUGAGAUAUUGAAGCUUUUCUAAUUAAACGUGUAUUUAACUCAGAUUUAUCUUUAGCUUAAGGCCUGGGGCCUGUGUGUUCUUUAAAUAUGCAGUUUCAUCUGCACGGUCCAAGCAGGCAAAGGACUUAGCUUUCUAAUAGUGAACAGAAAGUAGAAAAAUGAAAUGUGUUGUUUUCUGAAAUGAUACGUUUAAAAAAAGACGAUUGUAAUGAAUUGGAUGAGUGAUAAUAAUAAUGUUAAGUUUGUAUGUUUAUGGGUUCAUUUGCUGGACAAAGAUGGUUUCUUACAAGUUAAAUUAAAUCGUUUUUUGUAAAAAUU